AAAAAUAAGAAGUAAUCGAUCGGUUGGUGGAUGAGUGAAGCAGCAAAGAUAUGGGAGACUCAGAGAGAGUGGUGGAUUGGUCUGAUCUUCCGACGGAACUAUUGCCAGCGAUCGGCAAGAGCCUCGACACCCGCAUCGAUGUUCUCCGAUUCCGCAGCGUCUGUACCUCCUGGCGUUCCUCUAUUCCUCCCUUUCACCCCAACUCUCCUCACUUUCCUCUCAAAUUCCCCAACCUCUACGCCUACGGUGCAACGUCGACUGACCCUCCGCCGUCGGCACCCCGACACCCGGCUAUUCUCUGCCAAAGUACUCUCUAUCACAUUCAGCCGCUCAAUCCUCCUUCAACUUCUUCUUCUUGGUCGAACAAGGGCUGGUUGAUGAAGGUCGAAGAGUCAGAUUCAGGGAAGCUUCGCCUUGAGAAUCCGAUGCUCUCCAACCGGGACCACCGGGUCAUUAGGUACAACAUUCUUAAACCCAAGACGUUGAAUUUAUUGAACUUCCGGGUCGUCGAGUUAACCAAAGCCUAUACGCUUAGAUUCCAGUUUCCCGGUGGACCCAUAAACCCUUUUUCUUUUGUGAAUAAAUUGGUGGUGUUUCCCAAUUCAGCAUGGACAAAUGCGGACGAGUGUUCAAUUCUCAUGAUCUUUGGGGAUGGAAAACUGGGUUUUGCAAAAUGUGGGGAUGAGAAGUUGACCCUUGUAGAUGGGAGCUCUAAUUAUGAUGACAUUAUUGUUUAUAAAGGCCAAUUCUAUGUCGUUGAUAGGCUAGGAAUAGUUUCAUGGGUCGACUGUUCAUCCUUGAAAUUGGUUCCGUUUUUGCCUCCGCUAUGUGGGCUGGGUAGCCGGAAGCAUUUGGUGGAGUCGUGUGGGUCUCUUUAUGUUGUUGAUAGAUACAUUGAUGGGGAAAGGUGCUUUGAGUUUGACAUUGAUGAUGGAUAUACUUGUUCCAAGGUUGUUGGUUUUGAGGUGUAUAAGCUAGAUGAAGAAUGGGGUCGAUGGGUUUUGGUGAAAAGCUUGGGCGACCAAGCGUUUGUUUUGAGUAGCGACUGUUCUUUCUCUGUUUCGGCUCGAGAAUUUUCUGGAUAUAAAGGGGAUUACAUUCACUUCACUGAUGAUAAUCAUCAAAGACUAGUGUUCCAUCUAAAGGAUCACAGCAUUCAUGAUUUAGCGUUUUCCCUUCAUCAUUCUGAACCAUUAUGGCCUCCCCAGCUUAAUGAAUGUGAAUACGAAGGAGUAGCUGAAUCGGCCGGGGAUUACGCCUUAUGAAACGGUCGCUAGUUCGGAUCUCCCAUUCCCCUUACUUUGGGGACGAAAAAAUAAUGUAUAAAAUAAAUAAAUAAACGUUGUCGAUUUUAAUC